AUGUUGAUUCUGCAUUCGUCGAGGUUCAGAGAAAAAAAAUUCCGAACAAUGCCAACUGCAGAUCCUGAGACAUCUGAUCAAGACAGAGAACUGUUCGUUGAGGUUGAUCCAUCAGGAAGAUUUGGGAGAUACAGUGAUCUGUUAGGCGCUGGUGCAGUGAAGAAGGUGUACAGGGGAUUUGAUCAAGAAGAAGGAAGGGAUGUGGCAUGGAACCAAGUAAAACUAAGAAGCUUCGGUGGAGAUCCAUCUGUUCUCAAGAGACUCUUUUCAGAAAUCAAACUGUUACAGACAUUAGAGAAUGAAAACAUCAUUGUUCUUUACAGUUUCUGGAGGGAUACUAAAAACAGCACCUUGAACUUCAUCACAGAGGCAUGUGCUUCAGGUAAUUUAAGGGAUUACAGGAAGAAACACAGACGGGUUUCAUUGAAGGCAUUGAAGAAUUGGUCAAGACAGAUUUUGAGAGGCUUGGAGUAUCUUCAUAAUCAUGAGCCAUGUAUCAUUCAUAGAGAUCUUAAUUGCAGUAACAUCUUCAUCAAUGGAAACAUUGGAAAGGUCAAAAUCGGUGACCUAGGUUUAGCAGCAGUAGUAGGAAAAAACCACAACGCCCAUACACUACUAGGAACACCCGAGUACAUGGCUCCUGAGCUUUACGAAGAAGACUACAACGAAUUAGUUGACAUUUACUCAUUUGGCAUGUGUCUUCUAGAAAUGGCCACAAUGGAAAUACCUUAUAGCGAAUGCGACAGUAUUGCUAAAAUAUACCGAAAGGUUACAAGUGGUGUAAUGCCUCAAGCAUUUAACAAAGUAACCGAUCUUGAACUAAAAUCAUUCAUUGAAAGAUGCAUUGGUCAACCACGGGUCAGACCCUCAGCCUCGGAUCUCCUUAAGGAUCCGUUUCUUAUGGAGGCUAAUAGUGAAGAGAGUGAUUGUAGUGUUUGAUGUGACAUAGACUGUCUGUCGGGAUACAGUUUUACCUUUUUUUGUUAUAUAUGUUGUUAUGUUGUGUAUAUAUUAAGUAUAAUAUUGUGUUCUUUUAUUUUUUUUAUUUUUUAUUUUUUGUAUUGGAUUCACAUCCGAUUAGUUGUUUUAUGUUCGUGAGAAAGAAGGGUUUAAAAUGGUUUGAGGUUGAUUCAUGAAUGUAAUGAUUUUAUUAGAAAUUAGGGCUUAUAAAGUUGGGGUUUGUACUUGUAUUCAUUCAAGUUUCAAGUGCUUUUGAUUCUUAUAAAA